UCUAACCUGUCACUUAAUUGACCAAUCUCUUUCCACCAGGACUAUCAAAUGGGCUGAAUGCUUUUUAUAAUGAACUGAGCUCCAGUCAUUUUGUAAUUUAGUGCUCAUUGCUUCCCCCACCCCCCCAUCAGUUUAGCUCAACAGCAGUUUGGAGGGUCGCGCUGAAAACAAUCAUCGUCAUCAGAGAGAGGAAAAGCCAAAUCCGUGAAGUGAAUCCAAGGAUCAUUUCAAGACGGGGAGAAAAGUGCUCAAAUCCAUCGGGAUGUUUGAAGAGUCUAGGCAAGGAAAGUGAUCACACUCCUCAGUAUAGGCCUAAUGGAGAAUGAGACCUCAAUCCACGGGGGCUACAUCCCGCACUACCUUCUCCGAGGGGAUCCCUUUGCAUCUAAGCUGUCCAAAGAGGCAGACAUAGUGGCUGCGUUCUACAUCCUCAUCAUCGGUAUCAUGUCAGCCACUGGAAAUGGCUAUGUCAUAUACAUGACCGCCAAACGGAAGAGCAAGUUGAAGCCGCCAGAAUUCAUGACACUGAAUCUAGCUAUAUUCGACUUUGGCAUAUCAGUUACUGGAAAGCCAUUCUUUGUGGUGUCUAGUUUUGCCCAUCGCUGGCUCUUUGGCUGGGAGGGCUGCCGCUUCUAUGGCUGGGCUGGCUUUUUCUUUGGAUGUGGCAGCCUUAUUACUAUGACAAUUGUCAGCUUAGACCGCUACUUGAAAAUCUGCCACUUAAGAUAUGGUACAUGGUUCAAACGGCACCAUGCUCUUCUCUUUGUGGUUUUCAUUUGGUUCUAUGCUGCUUUUUGGGCCACUAUGCCACUGGUGGGCUGGGGUAGCUACGCCCCUGAGCCAUUUGGCACCUCCUGCACACUGGACUGGUGGCUGGCCCAGGCCUCAGUAGCUGGUCAGAGCUUUGUUAUGUCCAUACUUUUCUUCUGCCUUGUCCUCCCCACUGGCAUUAUCGUCUUCUCCUAUGUCAUGAUUAUCUUCAAGGUGAAGUCUUCAGCCAAAGAAGUCUCUCAUUUCGACACGCGGAAUAAGAACAGCCACAACCUGGAGAUGAAGUUGACUAAGGUGGCGAUGUUGAUCUGUGCAGGGUUUUUAAUAGCGUGGAUCCCUUAUGCUGUGGUCUCAGUGGUGUCUGCUUUUGGCGAGCCUGAUUCAGUGCCUAUUUCAAUCUCUGUUAUACCGACUUUGCUGGCCAAGUCCUCUGCCAUGUACAAUCCAAUCAUAUAUCAAGUCAUUGACUGUAAGAAGAACUGUGCAAAAUCGCUCUGCUUUCAAACAUGGGUUAAAAGGAAACAUUACAAAACAUCAAGGUUCUACUCCAUCGCUGCCUCCAUGAAAGAGAGACCAGCCAAUGAAGUUCAAAUUGAGAUAUGAGCAAAUGACAGGAACUCACAGUUGGCCUGUGAUUGGACACUUGGCACUUUUCUUAUUAUUGUGCAAUUUAGAUAUCAACAACUCCUGUUAGGAUAUGAAUGCCCUUGCCUAAUUUUGCUGGUGUUUUGUAAUGCUGUUAACAUCACAAACUCUAUGAAACCAUCUCCUUUUAAUUUAACCAGUGUGUGUAUAGAAGAAUUAAGUGGUAAAGAUAUGUAUUUUUAUAUUUUUUAUGGUUAUUUGUUUGUUUUAUAAUCCUGCAUCUGUGAUCUAAACUAUGCACAUCUGUAUUGUCCCUAAAGCACUAUUCAUAUUCCCAGCACAGUACCACGUUUUUUGAUAGCUAAAGUGAUGUCACUUUUUAACAAAAACUAGUCUGUGUCCAGUAUGUUGUUUCUCAUUUAUUUGAGUGAGUUGAAACACAGAAAUCACGCAAAUCUACGUAAUAGGGGCAAUUUGCAUGGUUACAGAUAAACAACAAAAUAUAGAUAGAUAUAAACACAACAUAAGUGGAAAGUACCUUGCUGUUAUUUUCAGUCUAAUUGUAUAAACACUGAUGCACUGAUUUAGACUUGAUAUUGUAUUCCGUUUACAUAGUAUAACACAGACGUAGCAUGGUAGUUUUGGGUCAUGUGCAAUGAUUAUAGAUAUUUUUGCAGUUUUUACAUUGAAAAGUGUGUCCCAAUUUUCAAGCUUUAGUUUUGAAAAAAAUAAAAUAAAAUUUUAAGUAUAUUACAUUUUAAAUAUUAAGCUCAUUUUCAAAAAAUUAAAAACUGCAACAUUUAGGUAACAUUUAAACUUUCUGUUCCAUACAUAAUAGCCUUUUGGAUGAUAUCAAUCCACAUAAAAGCAGGCAGUCCCUGUACUAUCAAAGGUUUUUUCAUUAUAAGUUCUGCAGUGAUUGAAAGUUUCCCAGAAAUAUCCCUAGGAUUUGAGAUACUGUUUUUUUUUUGUUGUUUUUUUUUUUGCACAAGGCAACAAUUAUAAGUUUCAGUAAUUUCUUAAUCUAAUACUUAAGCGACUCAGAUGUCUAGAAUGAUAGAAGUUUCCUUUUAUAUAACUAAGAGACCCAUUCAGCAAAUUUUCUUACCAUACGGUUAUAGUGAACAUAAUACUGUAUCAACCCAGAAACACUAAAGGAAAUUAUAUAGGAAGAAUGUCUGAGCAGCUCUUUUCCAAAGUGGAUUCAAGUAUUCUAAAAGCAGUCUAUAGACUUUUAUAGAUAAUAAUAAUGAUUAUUCCUUACAUUUAUAUAGGGGAUUAUUAGGAAGCCAUGAUGGAAAGAGGCCAAUGGUCUACAUUGUCCAGGACAAUGGCGUUACUCACCUACUCUUUUUUUUCUUUUCUUUUUUUAUUUAUUUAUUUUUUUUAUAAACGUCCGGUUUAACGUCUCAUCCGAAAGACAGUGCCUUUUUACGGUGCUCCGUCACAAUACUAUGGCAUUGGGACCCACACAGACCGCAAGGUGAGCAUCCACUGCUGGCCUUACUAAUAUCUAUAUAGCUAUAUAUCUAUUUAAGUGCUAUAUAUGUCUUCUGAACACAUAUGACAGCUUUGUCUGAGAAACACCCAAAUUAAAGACAUUAUUCACUGAUAAUCUUCCUCUCUGCUGUUGCUCUUAAAUAGAGUUUUCCAUGAUCGGUCAUGUGACAUGCGAGAAUAAAGGUGUUCAAUUUCAAUGAUUUCAAACAUGGAGCAUUGUGGCUUAAGGUGUAAUUUUUUCUUUGAACAAGCGUGAACUGUAUUUUAGCGCAAUGGUGAAGGGGAAGAUAAUCAGUGCAUAAUGACUUAAAAUUGGGUCUGAUCCUCACACAUCUGAUCCUCAGACUUGGAACAUAUUGCACAAGUUGCAAUCUCAUUUUGUGUUUCAUGGAUGAAAGGAAAUAAUAUUGGAUCGGAACAACAUUGAUAAAUGAAGUAAAUGAUGACCAGAUUUUUAUUUUUGGGUGAAAUAUUCCUUUAAAAUCCAUCGGCUUCUCCAGUCUGUUGCUGCGGUUGGUAGCUGAUCCUGAUGGUCUUAGUUCUCCCUCAGUAGUUUAUUCAGUUAAAUCAGCAGUUUGACCAAAAGGUUACGUCCCUUGUAAAUCAGCAUCCUCAAGUUGCAGGAAGAGGUGAAUGUACUAGAUGCUUCGCUUUAAGGCUCCAAUUCUUAAAUCCAUCAUUAAUAAUGGACAUUUGCUACUCAUUCUACAUAAAACAUUGCGUUAUGGUCAUACCUAAGGAAAGGUUUUUCAGAUAUGGUCACAAAGCGCUUAAUAUGCCUUUCCAUGGGAAUUGAUGCAAAAUUUAGUAUGUCUUGAGUGUGCUUAAGUAAAUCUAAUUGGUGAUGUGAGAGGCUUAUACAGACAGACUGAAGGAUACUUACCAAAGAUUUGCAUAUUUCAGUUGGGACAUGCAUUUUUCCAAUAUGCAAUAUUAUUUAACAUACUGUUUUAUGAUUUAAUUAUUGCAAUAAAGGCUAUAACCAUAACUAACAACAACAUAACUUAUCUUUUAAUAUGUGUCCAGCUUCCAAAUGUCAUGACAUUAUCAACUGAUAUAAUACAGUGAUUAAGGCUAUGAGGAAAUCCACAUUUUUACCACAAAUAUUAUUAAAAAUUUUGUUGCAUAUGUUAAAGAGCAUACAGUACCUUGAUGACAAUUCAAUAAAAUAUAAUUAAAGAAAUGUUGAUUUCAAAAUGUUAACCUACAAAGAAUGUCACCUAGAGGAUUCAGUGUUACCAAAUUAAAGUAGCUACAUGCUCAAAGAAACAUGUUUUACAUGAUGAAUGUAUGAAAGCUCACUGUGUGUGUUUUCUGAAUAAACCAUAG